GACGCAGGGGCCCAAAAGGGGCUUCCAAAUGUCCAGCAGCAAGGCAAGAAGAAGAGGAAGAAAAAGAGGUUAGGAUUGAAAGAUGGGAAAUGGGGAUCCAUGUCGUUAAGAGCAGAGGGCAGAGGGACCUGGAGGGGGAGGGGCCUUGGCUGCCAAUGAGAGUGUAAAGGAGAAACUGCUCAGAUUGUCAAAAUCACAGGUGUCUUGGUUCAUAUAAAAAGAAUCCACUUUUAUUAAGUUUUAUAGAACCAAAUAAUAGUGUGCAUGAUCUGAAACCACACCUUGUCCUAAUCUUCAUUCUAUUUGUGUUUAGAAUGCCUUUUUUUUUUAAUUGUGUGGGGAGAGACAAUUUCCUUGUUGUAAGAAAGUACAGAUUGUCCUGGGAACUUAGCAUGCUUUAAAUAUAACAGAACUAAUGCUGACUUUUUAGGAUCUGACUGUGACUUCUGCCCUCAGGUUGUAUUUAAUAUUUUGUCAUGCCUUGUCCGGGGGAAAAUGAAUCAUUCCUCAAAUUGAUUGGUGUCUGAAAGCUUGUCCACUUUCUCAAGCUUCCCUUAUGUGGGUCAAGAGGAGAGAGACCAUUAAGUGUUUGGACCAAAAGAGGCACUGCCUCUUCCUGGUGGGCCAUUGGAGUGAAACGAUUGAGGAGGUGGUGAUGUUAAUGUGAAGCUGCCUGCAAAAUUAGCUGACAAUCAGCAUGCAGAAUUUCUAGCUCCCAGGGAGUGUACUAGUGCUCUGAGCCCGUGUUUCCACCACUUUGGCUCGGUGUUCUCAGGAGUGGGGAUGGUCAAACUAGGCUUAGCGUGGCAGGUGAGAGUUCAUGCAGCUCUGCCCAGGGCAGGACGUUUCUGGGUGCAGUCACUUGUUCGGACAAACGUUGUCUGUCUCUGUCUUGCUGGUUUCCUUUUUCUGUUUUCCAGAUGAUUGGUGAUCAAUCUAUCCAGCUGCCGAUAUGAGAGUGUGCGGAGGGCCGCCCAACUGUAUGGGCUUCGAGAAGGAGGGGAAAAUGAAGACUGGACUCUCUUCUGGACUGACUACUCAGUGUCACUGGAGCGGGUGAUGGAAAUGAAGAGCUACCAGAAAAUCAAUCACUUCCCUGGGAUGAGUGAAAUCUGUCGCAAGGACUUGCUGGCCAGGAAUAUGGGCCGCAUGUUGAAGAUGUUCCCUAAAGAUUUCCACUUUUUCCCUAGGACUUGGUGUCUUCCUGCUGACUAAAGGUGUAUCUUGCUCCCUCCCUCGUGGUCUGAUAGCUGGGGAGAUCUGCAGAACUACAGCAGAUUAAGAAAAAAUAAGACGUACAUUUGUAAACCGGAUUCGGGCUGCCAAGGGAGAGGUAUAUUCAUCACCCGGACGGUGAAAGAAAUCAAACCAGGGGAGGAUAUGAUCUGUCAGCUCUAUAUUUCCAAGCCUUUCAUCAUUGAUGGGUUCAAGUUUGACCUGCGGAUUUAUGUGCUGAUGACAUCCUGUGACCCCCUCAGGAUUUUUGCAUACAAUGAAGGACUGGCCCGUUUUGCCACCACCUCUUACUCCCACCCUUGCACAGACAACCUGGAUGAUAUCUGCAUGCACCUGACUAAUUACUCCAUUAAUAAGCACAGUUCCAACUUCCUUCGAGAUGCUCACUCUGGCAGCAAGAGGAAGCUCUCCACCUUCAACACGUACAUGGAGAGCCACGGCUACAACGUGGAGCAGAUAUGGAGAGAUAUGGAGGAUGUCAUUAUCAAGACAAUCAUGUCGGCCCAGCCCAUCAUCAAGCAUAACUACCACACCUGCUUCCCCAACCACACACUCAACAGUGCCUGCUUUGAAAUUCUGGGCUUUGACAUCUUGUUGGACCACAGACUCAAGCCCUGGCUGUUGGAGGUCAACCAUUCCCCGAGCUUCUCCACUGACUCCUGGUUGGAUAAAGAGGUGAAAGACAGUCUGCUGUAUGACACCUUGGUGCUGAUCAACCUGGGAAGCUGUGACAAAAAGAAAGUCUUGGAGGAGGAGAGACAACGGGGGCGAUUCCUGCAGCAAUGUCAUUCUCGGGAGACCAGGAUUGAGGAGGUCAAGGGUUUCCAGGCUGUGCGAUUAGAGAAAACGGAGAAGUAUGAGAAGGAAAACUGUGGAGGCUUCCGCCUGAUUUAUCCCAGUCUGAAUUCAGAGAAAUAUGAGACGUUUUUCCAGGACAACAACUCCCUCUUCCAGAAUACCAUUACCUCCAGGGCUCGGGAGGUGCAUGCCCGGCAGCUGAUUCAGGAGCUGAGACGAAAACAGGAGAAAAAACGCUUCCGAACAAAAGAGAAGAAGGUAGAGAUGCAGGGGGAAUCGGCAGGCGAGCAAGCAAGAGGCAAGAGAAACAGCCUGCAACAGAAACAACGGCACAAAGACAAAGCCGACACCACCCAUGCCUCCAAACAACCAUUGACAUUAGUGUCCUGCAUACCUGACUUGCUCUUGAGUGUCAGAGACGCAAAGACAACUGAGACAAACAGCAGCCUUGACCAGGAGCCCCCUCAGAAGGAGGGUGGCUCUGCACCUCCGGAGCCUGCAUCUAUGAGGUAUUGCAGCUCUGUACCUGACCUGAGGAAUGCAAGCCUUCUCAGCUGCCCUGGGCUGGAGCUCAGUAAACCCGUCUCCAGAAUUCAGGAAGCCAAAUCUGCCUGUGCAGUGAACGUGCUCACUGGCACUGUGCCCUUCUCCUCAGUAGAAACUACCUCAGAAUCCACCACCCAGGUCUCAGACUCCCCUGAGGCUCUGUCAAGCAUGACCGUGACAACCAGCUGUGAAUGUAGAACCCCUGAGAUAGACAGCAUGGUGCCCUCUAAAUGCAAACAGCAGCAGAUCCCUCAGCAUCUCAUCCAGGAGAAAAUGUCAAAACUUUCUCUGCCAACAAAACCGCAGGGCUUCUUUGGGAGCCUGGGCCCAAGCUGGGCUUUGCUGAAGAAUGAUGUGAAAAAGCAGCAUCUGAUGUCGGAGCUACUCACCAAGGUUCAACUGAGGAAGAAGCUCUUGUUCCCGGUCUCUUGCCACCCAAAGCUGGUGCUGAGUAACCAGUCACAAAACCCCUCCCUGCCCCGGGAGUGCUACUUCCGCACCCGAAGCUCUGGGGAGAAGAGGCAGCUGGAUGUGUCCCCCCUUCUCCUCUUGCAGAAUUCUUCCAGCCAGAAUGUUUCUCUGAAAGAUCUGCUGGUGGUUGCCACACCAGCCCGACUGGAUCGGAGGCCCGGCAGAAGUCCUGCAGGUGCUCUGAGAGACCUGCGUAUACAGGAUCAGGAAGCAUACAGUCCCUGCCUGAUUUCUGGCCAAAAGGAUAUGAGAGGAACUAGGCCCAGGCGUGGACAGAGGAACCUGUGACAGCUAGACCUGACCUGUGGGCCUGAGAUUGGAACAAAGCUCCCCAAUCCUAACAGAGCUCAGACCCACCCCCCACCUCUGUUCAUAAUUUUCUGAUAUUGGAAUUUUAAGUAAAGAUAUGGUUACUUA